AUGUCCUGCCACCAUCGUUCAGGAUAUUCACCAGCUUACCCGCCGCCGCCGUCGUCUGCGACGACGACGACGAGCGGGGACUACCCAGAACUCAAUUACAGCCCUGGUGCUAAAUGGAUCAAGCACCUUACCCAGUCGAGGUUGAACAACUUCCAGGGCGGGCAUUUCAACGACUACAAUCUCUCGUCUGUUCUCUUUACACAGAGGAAGGAUAGUCCUGAAUAUGUCAAGCUCAAGGUUUGGAGCGCGCCUGGGCAGACCAAACCGACGUUCGAGGAGGCCAUGCAACAGAAGUUCAGGACUGCUCGGAAGACAGUCGAAUUUGACCCAGGAUGCGAAGCGAUGAUUUACAGUAUGGAUGGAACACCUCUUCAAGGCAUCACAGGUGGAUUCGGCGGUGACCGCCGUGUUGACUACAUCAUCCCACCUGAAGCCCGUGCCCGAGGUGUUCACGAGUUCGUCAUCGAAUCAAGCUGCAAUGGCAUGUUCGGCGUCCCAUGGAGCGGCGAUAUCAUCGCUCCUCCUGACAUGAACCGGUACUUCCGCCUCGCUUCAGCUGACCUUGUCGUCCCGAAUCAGGAAGCAUGGCGGUUGCUGUGGGACUGGGAGGCAUUGAAGCAAAUCAUUAGCAACGUUCCAGGGAACACUAUCCUUCAGAACAAAGCCUUGACGGCGGCCAACGAGAUUAUGAACGUCUUCGACAAGGGCGAUUUGGCGGCCAUUCUCAGAGCACGCAAGUUGGCCGAUGAAGUCUUUGGUGAAGGAUGGGAGGAGAAGGGCGCGGACAUCUACAAGGAAGGGCCCGAAAGACCCACAAUCUGGGGUAUUGGACACUGCCAUAUCGACUCUGCUUGGCUGUGGCCUUACCGCGUCACCCAGCAAAAGGUCGCUCGUUCAUGGUCCACUCAGAUAGAUUUGAUGGAGCGCUACCCCGAACAUCGCUUUGCAUGCUCGUCCGCCCAGCAGUACAAGUGGCUCGAACUUCUCUACCCUGCACUCUUCCUCAACGUCAAGCAAAAGAUCGCUGAAGGAAAGUUCCACCCCAUUGGAGGCUCGUGGGUCGAAAACGAUGGAAAUAUGCCUAGCGGAGAAGCGCUGGCCAGGCAACUUGUAGCUGGACAGCGAUACUUUGAGACUAGGUUUGGUAUCCGAUGUGAAGUCGGCUGGCUCCCUGACAGUUUUGGUUUGACUGGUGCAUAUCCUCAGAUUAUGAGGAAAGCGGGGAUGAAGUACUUUUUCACGCAGAAGCUUUCGUGGAACAAUAUCAACAAGUUCCCGCAUAGUACUUUCAACUGGGUUGGUAUCGAUGGCACUCAGGUCCUGUGUCAUAUGACGCCGGUCGAGACGUAUACCGCGCAAGCCACGGUUCAUGACAUCAAGAAGGGGUUGGAGAACCACAAGAAUCUUGAAUCCUCGGAUACUGCGCUACUUGUUUUCGGAAACGGUGAUGGAGGAGGCGGACCAUUGUCGAAGAUGUUGGAGAACCUUCGUCGAAUUCGAGCGGUCACUAACAAGCAUCGUGAACUUCCUCCUGUUGAUAUGGGACAUAGUGUUGAUGAUUUCUUCCAUGAUCUUGAGAAGACGUCCGGGGAGGGGAAGAGGUUGCCGAAUUGGCAUGGGGAGUUGUACCUCGAGUUCCAUCGUGGCACGUAUACGUCGCACGGAUCUAUCAAGAAGGGAAAUAGGCACUCGGAGAUUCUGUUGAGGGAUGUUGAGCUGGUCGCGUCUCUGGCUUCCCUCUACAAGUAUCACAAGAACAGCUAUAUCUAUCCCAAGAAAGACAUUGACGAAGCAUGGGAGAAGGUUUUGUUGAAUCAAUACGCCGAGCAGUUGUACGCUGAAGUGAAGCGUGACGGAGAAGCGAUCCUUGAAGAAGCGCUCUCCGUCCUCUUCCCCAACUCUAUGCCUCUGACAUCCAACACGCAGUCCAAGGCCCUCACCGGUGGCGCCAAGGUUGUCGCCCUGAACACGACUUUCUUCCCUCGCCUGGAUGUCGUCCAGGUUCCUUUGGGCAGCUCUCCUGGAGGCAAUGGUUGGGGUUGGAGCACUCCUGGCGGCUCCACGCAAUCUAUUCGUUCUCAGGUUCAUCAAGUGAGCGAGGAUGGCAAGGUUGGGUGGGGGAUUAUGCAGUGUGCGCGAGGUGGUGGAGCGAUUGGCGAGUUGGUCACUGGUAGUAAUGAGUUGAGGGCUAGGUUGAAGCCUGUUUCUGUUUAUACGAAUGGAAGCGAUCACUUUGUACUGCGCAAUUCGACUGUGCAGUUGACGAUUUCUGAGGGCAGGAUUACCAGUUUGCUUGAUGUUCAACUUGAUCGUGAGUUGAUCCAGGAAGGCCAAACUGGUGGAUUGGUCAUCUUCGAGGAUAGGCCUAACUACUGGGAUGCCUGGGAUGUUGAAAUCCACCAUCUUGAAGUGAAGAAAUCGCUCAAGUUUUCGAAUGUUUCUGUCGUUGCUCAGGGUCCUCUCUAUGCUGCUGUUCGUGCGGAGGUCAAGUAUGGGCAGAGUACGAUCGUGCUUACGAUAUCCUUGGGUGCUACAACUGCCACUGUUCGCGAGAACUCCCGCUCGUUCUUCAACUUUGAAGCUGUGGUUGACUGGCGUCAGCGACACGAGUUCCUCAAAUUUGAACUGCCCUUGAGCAUUCACAGCCCCAAUGCCACCUACGAAACCCAGUUUGGCCAUGUUCAGCGUCCAACGCACAAGAAUACCACUUGGGACAUGGCCAAGUUUGAGGUUUGCGGUCACAAGUAUGCCGACCUCAGUGAGUUCGGAUAUGGUGUUGCGUACCUUUCGGAAUCCAAGUAUGGAUUCUCGUGCUUGGGUAAUUUGUUGUCCAUUAGUUUGUUGCGAGCUGCUACUGCUCCGGAUGCUGAACAGGAUCAAGGCGAACACAAGUUCUCGUGGGCUGUUUAUCCCCACGAAGGGCAUUUCCUGGAGUCGGACGUUCCCGUUGCUGGAUACCUCUACAACUCCCCUCUCCGCGUUCGAGUUGUUCCUCCAGGCACCGAAGACCUUCUCUCGACCCAUCGUCCCCUGUUCGCCAUCGACGGUGCGCGCAAUGUCUUCCUCGAGACUGUCAAGCGUGGCGAGUACGACUCGUACGAUGCGCCUUUCACUCUCGAGUCUGCGGACUCGGACUCGGAGGGUGACGAGCCGGCUGCGACUAGGACGACGCUCGUGUUGAGGUUGUACGAGGCGUAUGGUGGGCAUGCUUCCGGCAACCUGCUCAUCUCGAACCGUCUCCCCGUCGUUGAGGCCUAUGAGACCAAUCUCCUCGAGGACGAUCAGGAUGCAGUUGGACUUCGUCUUCUGUCCGUUCAGUCUGCCAACAACAACGAGGAUGGUGUCAAGUCGCAUUCGUGGGGCAAGAGUAUUCCGUUGAAGUUCAGAGGAUUUGAGGUCAAGACGAUUAAACUUGUUCUUGGUGCGCCUCCGAGUCCUCCUCCUCGGUCGCAGAAAACUGGGGAGAAGAGGUCUAGUUGGGUGAAUGUUGAUGAGGAUAGGUUUAUGGAUCUUUGA